UCGGUCGUCGUCGCGGCUGGAGCCACCCUCCCUCGCGCGACGAGGAUUGUCGCGCGGUCUUUCUGCUCUGACGUUUCGUCAAUCGGCAGCUCCCGCCUCGCCCCUAUCUCCUGCGACGAGUCUUCGAUCCAACGACCAGGAGUUGACCCCGUCGUCUCCACAUCCUUAUCUCGCCUGGCGCCAGACAGCUCGACCGCCGGCUCUUCGGGCAGCCAACGGCGGCCGAUGCGACGGGCUCUGUCCCGCAAUUCUGCCCACGACAGGUUCGAGAGCUUUGAAGAGCUCAUCGUCGAACCAGUUGUAGAAAUCGUCCCCGGUUGAGAGUUGUGGUGAACUCAAUUCUCGAAACCGGGCUCUGAUACCAAAUGUUAGAAACCUAAUUCUAGGGUUCUAACGGUUGGAUUGAUGAGAUUGGGAAUUGAUAGAUAUUUAGGGAUUGAGAUAGGAUUGUGGAAGAACAGAAUUGGGGAUUAGGAAUUUAGAAGAG